AUGAAGUUCGCUACUGAAGAAGAGCUCGCUGCCCACAACCGCGCUACCAUCCGCGGCGCCCUUGAGGGCACAGCCGCAGGCCUCGCCCUCUCCGUACCCGGGUCCAUAUUCCUCCACCGCCGCUGGCCUGCCUACCGCGCCCUCCCCAUCCAACUCAAAGCCAUGUUCUGCAUCUUCGUUACCGCGCCCCUCUACGCCAUCCAGGCCGAGCGCCGCGGCGUCAAGGCCCAGGAGGAGAGCCGGUGGAAGCGCCUCGGUACUGAGGAGAAGCUCAAGGACUGGGCCGUCCGCAACCAUACAAGAUCAUCCUGGGAUCUUGGGCAGCGGUAUGGCGCUUGCUGGUGGUAUUGUCUGGCGGACAGGCACCAGUCAGCCACCCAAAAGAUUGUCCAAGCCGCCGCCGAACACCGGCCGGUCGACCACACAUGGAAGGGCAUGGUGCAAGAGUUCGAGGACGAAGAACGUGCUCGCGAGCAGUACCAGCUCAUGCACGCACCCGCACCCGCCCCUUCAUCGUCGUCCUCAUAAGCCACUAUCCAUCUCUCGGACCGUUCACGACCGUCAUGCCACUAUCCCCUAAUCGCAUCCUAAUUUGUUAGAGUCGGUCUUGGUAGACAUCACUCUAGACAUACCAUCUACGCUGCACGAGAUUGG